AUGGCAUUCCCCGCUUCCUGGGGAACGCCACCUCGGGCUUUCGCCUCCAUCCAAGUCACAAGCCAAGGCGAGGCCUUGCCCGUACGGCCCAAGCCCGGAGUUAAGCCCCCAAAGCGCUUACUCGACAGCCAAGCUGCAAACCUACACGAUGCGUGCUUUGGGGAGGAUCCGAGUGCGGCGGAGGUGGAGGUCACAGGAAAAGAGGCCACAAAACACGACACAUCCCCUUGUCCUGUUUUCCAUAUCGUUGAGGGGUGCCCAAGCGCCAGCAAUGAUCUCCUGGUUCAGGCGGGAAAUUACGAGGGCGGCUUUGCUGUGUGGGAGUGCACUUGGGACCUCUUAGGAUUUCUGCAGCCAGCGGCAAAGGGGCAUAGCCUAUCGUGCUUAUCUCGUCAGAUCGACCUCCAAAUUCGAGGCGGACACGUCUUGGACCUUGGAUGCGGCCAAGGCCUCUUAGGCAUUUGGGCUUUGCAGCGUGGGGCUUCCGCCGUUGCCUUUCAGGAUCUAAAUACCCAGACAAUCGGUGACCCUGUUCUGCUGUCAAGGUUUGCAGCUUCUCAGCUUGUCGAGGCGCUGUGCAUAUAUCCGCUCCUCAUGCCCUUGUUACAAUUGGAUGGGAACCGGGAGAGACUCGGUCUUUCUGCGCCGUCAGUUCUCGUCCUAGAAGAGGCCACACGGUGGAAUAUCCUGAAGAAUAUAACCUCCAAAGAGCUCCCGCAUUCUGCCCCGUUGCACGUGCCUCCAGCCACUACUGCAAAGACCGCCUCAGUCGCUUCGCAUCACUCUCUGCAUCUUCUCGUUCACCAGAAAAACCCAUCAAGCCAUGCUGGAGGAUGCCGGGACGCUGAGAAAGAGGCUGGCAUGAAAGGCGGCGUGGCAGCAGUCCCACCAAGAGAAGACCACAGCAGCAGUGCUGACGCGAAAUCGAACGGCGCACUUCAUAGCUUCCAGCUCCUUGACGGCAGAGCACUCUGCCUCGCAGCCAACUGGACUAGCUUCCCACAAAUUUAUUGUUCCUGUCAGCAGGCAGAGACAAACGCAGGAACGCGACAAGAAGGCCACACAGGCAAAGAGGAGAGACCGUGCGAGGAGACACGAACCUACAGAGGGGAGGGCGCGCGUGGUAUCUCAUUCGAUGUAGUUCUUUGUUCAGAGGGAGUUUACAGAGAAGAGGCAUUUGAACCGCUAGCACACACCCUUUUACGUGCGUUGGACCCCAACGGUAUUGCUCUUGUCGCCUCGAAGAGGUAUUAUUUUGGAGUUGGAGGGGGAUCUCUGCCUUUUUUGUCGUUCCUCAAACAAAAGUUCCCAGGGAGCCUUUCGGCAGAGGUUAUCGCCUCUUUCCGAGGGCAAACCUCAAACAACUUCAGGGAUAUUCUGCUAAUCAAGAAGGCCAAUUCCAAAAAAAAUGCGAACUAG